AUGAAAAGAAAGAACAUAGGCUUUUACAAAUCAUCAUUCCUCCUCACUAAGAAUAGGAGGAAGAAAACUUCUUCAAAACCUGAUUUUUAUUUACCAGAGGACUGCUGGGAGCAUGUGUUCACAUUCGUCACCAACCACAAACGCGACUUUAACUCUCUAUCUCUUGUCUCUAAAAUGUUCCUUUCCAUAACCAAUCGACUCUUAUUCUCUCUCAGAAUUCCCGAUCCACAGCCUUGCUUUCUCCGCCGUAUCUUCCAUAGAUUCUCCAACCUUAAUUUUCUUGACCUCCAGUUCAACUUGCAUCAUGAUCUGGAUGCAGAUAUUGCUUUGACUCUCCGUGACAUACCAACAUUGAAAUCUUUAUCUAUUUCCAAUAUUGAUCUAAAGGAUGGAAAGUUCUCUCCUUCACUGCUCAUUGAUUCAUUAUUCAGUUUGAAGCGUUUGAUUAGUCUUAAGUUUUGGGAUUCGAAAUUAUCAGAUGAUUUGCUAUACUCUAUUGCAAGGGAAGCUCUUCCUUUGAAGAGCUUUGUCAUCAAAUAUUGUACCUGCUAUACUUACAAUGGACUUUAUUGUUUGUUAUCCAAGUGUAAUUCGAUACAACAUCUGGGUCUUCAACAGGUUGAUUUUCUAGAUAAUCAUUAUAUUACCGACUUGUCUUUGCAUCUUCCACAUUUGGUUUCUAUAAACCUUAGUCAAUGUUACAAGCUCACAGAAUCAGCCUUGUUUGUCCUUCUUCGAAACUGUCAUUCACUUGAAGAGAUCAUCAUGGAAGACAUAGAUUUUAGGAAUUUUGAUUCUUUCAAGAAUUUUCAUGUGAACUCUCAGUUGAAGUCUCUGUGUUUGGCUGGCAACUUCUUUAUAAAUGAUGAAAGCAUCAUAAUGUUAGUCUCCAUUUUCCCCAAUUUGCAGCUGCUUGAUUUGAAUGGUUGCGAUGACAUAUCUGGAAAAGUUCCUCAAUUGGAGGUGUUGAACUUGUCAUAUACAAGAGUCGAUGAUAAAACACUCUAUGAGGUCUCAAAGAGUUGUCAUGGACUUUUGCAACUAAAAUUGGCAUAUUGUAAUUAUGUCACAAAAAAGGGAAUGAUUCAUGUGGUUGAAAACUGCACAAAACUUAAAGAGAUCGAUUUGAGAUAUUGUAAUAAAGUGGAGGCCUACGUCGUUGUCUCGAAGGUUUUAUCAAGGUCAUCUUUAAAAAAAAGGAAACUCUUCUCGCGUGAUGGUCGUAUUUUCUUCUCCUAA